GCCGUGCAUAAUCGGAACGUUGGUUGUGUGUGACCACGCAACACCAAUGGUCUAGGAACCUAGACUACUCAGUCAGUUGCACGAGAGUACACCAGUGGAUCAUCAUGUCUGUAACUCUUGCCUUGAUUGGAUUGAUUGUUGCUCUACUUGCAUGGAGCACAUACAAGAGAAGGACUUUCUUCAAGACGAUUGGUCUUUCGGGCCCACCACCUCUUCCAUUGUUUGGUAACAUCUUAGCUUAUGGAGGGGGAAUGCACGAAGCACAUCAGGCAUGGAGAAACAAAUAUGGCAAAGUAUACGGUGUGUUUGAGGGGGCACGAAAGGCCAUCAUUACCUCUGACCUUGACAUGCUUGAGGAAGUCCUUGUCAAAAAAUUCAACAAUUUCUGCGACCGUCAAAUAUUUCCUCUGCGACCGGACCUCCUCAGUAAUGAUCUACUCGGUCUAAAGGGUGAUCGAUGGAAGUUAAUGCGGAGUACCAUUGCACCAACAUUCAGCAACAGCAAGAUGCGCAAGAUGGCGGAUUUGGUCAAUGACCGUGCUGAUCUAUUUAUUAAAAAUGUUCAGACACUCAUUGACGAUGGCAAAGGCGAAAUGGAGGUGUCAAAGAUGCUUGGUUCAUUUGCCAUAGAAACCGGUGCCUUGUGCGGCUAUGCAACCAAGAUUGAUUCACAGAAUCAGGACGAUACCACAUUUAUUGACAACGCCAAUUGGUUCUUCAAAGGAUUCAAAGAAAUCCAACUCCCAUGGAUGAUUAUAUUGAUGUUCUCUUGGAUGGAGCCUGUGUUCAAGUGGCUAGGAUUCUCUAUUCACCCAAUACCAGCCUUGAAUUUCUUCAAGAACAUAGUCAUGGACAUUAUAAAUACACGCAGAGCUGACCCAAACCAAAAGGAGUACGUGGACUUUCUUCAGCUGAUGAUGAAAGCCCAUAACUUCCAAGACGAAGACACUCCCGAGGAAGAGAAGGUCGUUGUCGAUAUGAAACGUGAACUCACUGACGAUGAAGUUGUUGCCAUGUCCAUCAUCUUCUUUCUUGGUAACUACGAAACAACGACAACAACCCUUUGCUUUACCGCCUAUUUAUUGGCCACAAACCCAGAGGUACAGGAGCGCCUGAUAGCUGAGAUUGAUGACGUCAUCGGUGACCGAACAAAACUUACGUACCAAGACGUCUCUGACCUGACUUAUUUGGAUAUGGUGUUACACGAAGCAAUGCGAGUGUACCCGCCGGCCAUCGAGUACGACCGGAUUUGUCAGUCUGACUGCGUCGUCAAGGGUGUGCAAAUACCCAAAGGUAUGCUGGUUGAAGUCCCGGUUUGGGUGGUUCACCACGAUCCAGAGACAUGGCCUGAACCCUUCAAAUUUGACCCUGAGCGUUGGGUACCCGAGAAGAGGGAGAAGAUGCACACAAUGUCAUGGAUACCCUUUGGAGCAGGCCCGAGGAAAUGUAUCGGGUAUCGCUUCGCCACAAUGGAGAUAACUGUUGUAAUGGUCCGUAUGCUGCAGAGGUUUCGCAUAGAGACCUGCCAGAACACAGAGAUCCCGCCGAAUGUUGGCAAACAUGGACUGAUUCUCCCAGAGAAAGGAAUGACACUCCGAUUUGUUAACAGGAAUAAAUAGAUAAACAUAUUCAUAAUUAUAACAUAAUGAUAGCCACAUAAACACAUUUUUAAACAUUGUCGCUUGGUAUAGACCUUUCUUUUGUUGAUAAACAAACCACCUUGGUUACGCAUGGACGGCCGAAUGUUAUUAUUGUAAAACACUCAACUGUAUUAACAGGUGUUUUACCCAAAUUCAACAUUAAUCUGUCGUAGAAAUCAUACCAGGAAUGUUGCGUGCUGCAUUCUUCAUUGAUGUACGCGUUUAGACGCGCAUAAGUUCAACAAAUUAUUGUUACUACG